CAGUUUUUGGGCUCGGAAUUUAUCCUGCUAGUCGUUAAGACAUCGGGGGAUGAAGUGCCGAGAGGAGGCGGAACUUCCGGUGUCACAUUACGAUUGGCAGUGCGGAGCGGAAGUGAAGGGCUGCAGCCUUCAAACAAACACUAAGAGGGUCUUGAGAUAACGAGUCCGCCCUUGGGAGCCUGCAGGGCCGCAGAGUGUAGUUGAGUUUGCGGUCUACAACUGAAGCGGAACUCGGGCGUGGUGAUCGUCUUUCUUGUCUCUGCGGGAACCGUUGCUGGACAUGAGUACAAGCACGGACGAGGAGAACCCCGCUGCGCUGGCCCUGCCGGCGGAGGACGUGCAGGGAGACGGCAGGUGGAUGUCUCAGCACAACCGGUUCGUUCUUGAAUGCAAAGAUAAGGAGCCUGAAGUGCUGUUUGUAGGAGACUCCAUGGUCCAGUUGUUGCACCAGUAUGAGAUUUGGCGGGAGCUAUUUUCUCCACUUCAUGCUCUAAAUUUUGGAAUUGGGGGUGAUACAACUUGCCACGUAUUGUGGAGACUGACACAUGGAGAACUUGAGAACAUCAAGCCUAAGGUUGUUGUGCUCUGGAUAGGAACGAACAAUUAUGAACAUACAGCAGAGCAGAUUGCGGGGGGCAUCCAGGCUAUCAUCCAUUUAGUAAACAAACUCCAACCACAGGCGAAGGUGGUUGUACUGGGCUUGCUGCCACGAGGAGAGGGACCAAACCCACUGAGAGAGAAGAACGCCCGAGUGAAUGCCUCUCUGCGUACGGCUCUCCCACGACUUGGAACAGCUCAGUUUCUGGAUGUGGGCUCCAGCUUUGUUCAUUCCGAUGGCACCAUCUCCCACCACGACAUGUUUGAUUUUCUGCACCUCACCCCUUCUGGAUAUGCAGCUGUAAUCAAGCCUUUACAUGAACUACUGCUCCAGCUUCUGGAGGAGACCCCAGAAGAAAAGACAGCCACCCUGGCCUAAGUGGGAUGCCAUGCUGGAGUCAGCCCCAGUCUGGCAAGAUCCUUUUAUUUCUCGAGAGCUCACUGCAGCUUUUCUAGAAAGGGUUCACUUGCUGCCAUUCAGUUACUGGGAAGUGUACACUACAGCCCGGUGUGGGGCAAAUAGAGGGAUCCAGCCCACCCGGCUGUACAUCUCUCUUGGACAUAAAUGGUGCCCUAUUGUCACCGGGCCUUGUGCCCUUGCCAUCAAACCAUUCCAGAGCUCUAGUCUUUUUAGUUUUAAUUUCAGGGCUGUUUGUGCAACUUUUAUUGUCGUGCUUUGGUGAUGAUGAGGCUCCCCUUCCCAAUGUACUGAUUCCAGUUUUGAGCCCCUGCCCCCUUAUCUGUGCGUUAUCUCUCGCUCGCUCUCUCUCUCUCUCGAGGAUCUGGGGUGGGCACGGGUAGCGGAGUUCAUUAACUAGUGGUUUCCUCAUUUAUUCACUUAAAUUCAGUGUUGGAUGCAUCAGUGCUGUGCAGCUUGAAGCAGUUCUAUUAUGAGUGUAUUUAACAUGCUGUGUGUGUGUGUGUGCGCGCGCGCGUAUGCGUGUCUGUCCGUCUGUCCAAAUGGCUCUUCUUUUGCUUUAUGUAAUGUAGCACAAAGUCCCAAAUAAAACAAAUAACUGAGUUGUA